AUGAAGUAUGUAAUAUAUACGUAGUAUGUAACAUGUAAUGCUUAAUGUAAUAUAAUACAGAAGUAUGUACUAUAAUAUAGUAUGUAAAUAAUGUAUAAAUAAAAUAUAAAUGUAUUAAUUACAAAAUUAUUUUUAUAGGAUUACGAAGAACAAACUGCAAAUAUAUUAAAUUCUAAUAGAAUGUUAAGUGAGUAUGUCAAUUUAAUUUAAUAUAUUGUAUAUAUAUUGUUUCAUUAAUGUUUUUGUGUUAAAUUUUAGAAUUUAAAAAAGUACAUCCACAGCCUAAAUAUGAUCUUGACAGGAUUUAUGAUGCUGUAAAGAAUGAACUUGACAAACUAUGCAUAUCAUAUGUAUAUACAGAAAUAAAAACAUUUACUAUUAAAUACAAAUGCAUCAUCAAUGUCACAUGGCCUUAUGAAGCAUCUUUCUGCGGUAUUGCAUCUAACAAAAAGAUGGCUGCACAUAAUGCGGCAUUAAUAUGCUUAGAUUGGUUAUAUCAAAAUAAGAAAAUUAAUGAUUUAAAACCUAUAUUUUAUGAUUAUAAAAGUCAGCAUAAUAUUUUGAAAUCUCAACAGUUUGUCAAAAUUAAUCUUACAUCAGAAUCUAAGAAUAAAAUACAAUCUUUGAUUAAUGUUUUUAAUGACGAAAUAAAAACUAUAAUAACAAUACCAUGCAUUACUGAAAUUGAUGAAAACAAUUUAAAAGAAGAAGUAAAAGAUCUUUCAUCAAGUGAAAAUAGUAACCAAUUAAUGCAGAAUCUACAAAAAAGAAAUAAUAUAAAAAUGAAGAUAGACUUGCCUAUUAUGAACUAUAAAGAAGAAAUUCUUAAUAGUUUACAAAAUAAUCAAGUUUUAGUAAUUAAAGGAGAUACUGGUUGUGGCAAAAGUACUCAAGUUCCACAGUUUAUACUAGAUGCUUAUAUAGAACGAAAUAAAAGACAUGAAUGCAAUAUAAUUGUAUCAGAACCUCGUAAAAUAUCAACUAUUUCUUUAGCUGAACGUGUUGCAUAUGAGAGAAGUGAAAAGAUAGGUAAUACAGUGGGCUAUCAUGUACGUUUUUAUAAUAAAGUGCCAAAAAAUCAUGGUUCAAUUUUAUUCUGCACAACUGGUAUGCUAUUGCGUAAAUUAGAGUACGAUUCUACUUUAGAAAAAGUGUCGCAUAUAAUUAUAGAUGAAGCUCAUGAAAGAAGUCUACAUACAGACUUAUUAUUGAAGUUAUGUAAAGAUCUGCUGGAACAUAAAUCACAUAUAAAACUUAUAAUCAUGUCUGCAAGUAUAAAUGCAGAAAUAUUCCAGGAAUACUUUUCCUCUGCAACUAUUAAUGUCCCUGGAAAGUUACAUCAUGUAAAAAUGCAUUUUGUAGACGAUAUUGAUUUCUUAAACAAUAAUUUAUCAAAUUGGGAUACUCUCAUGACGAAAGAAAUUCCUUUUAAUGAAAUAGUACGUCUAAUACAAUGGAUUAUUAAUAAUAAACCACCAGGAGCAAUUUUAUGUUUUCUUCCGGGCUGGAGAGAAAUUAAACUUUUACAUGACAUGCUUCAAAAUGAAAUGGAUGAUUUAUUGAUAUUACCACUUCAUUCUAAAUUACCAAAUCAUGUACAACAGAAAGCUUUUAAACCUGCUCCUGCGAAUAUGACAAAGAUUGUUUUAGCUACAGAUGUAGCUGAAACUGGUAUUACCAUUCCAGAUAUAAGUUAUGUUAUAGAUACUGCAAUUAAAAGAGAAAUGUUAUGGAAUGAAAAAAAAUCUUUAUUUAGUUUAUGUUUUUGUCCAAUAUCACAAGCUAACAUUUGUCAAAGGAAAGGAAGAGCUGGGCGCCUGAAGCCUGGUGAAAGUUAUCACUUAAUUACUCGAGAAAAAUACAAUAAAUUAGACUUGUAUCCGAAACCAGAAAUAUUAAGAAUUCCAUUGGAUGAAGCAAUUAUUAUUAGUAAAACAACAUCUCGUCAGAAAGCCUGUGAUUUCCUUAAUGAUCUGAUUGAGUCACCUAGUGCUAUUUCAAUAAUUUCAGCUGUAAAUAGUUUGAAAAAUCUUGGCAUUCUCGAUGAGGAUGAAAAUCUUACAAGUUUAGGAAAACGUGUUUCAUAUAUUUCAUUAAAUCCGAAAAUAAGUAAAGCAGUAAUAUUAUCUUGCAUUUUGCAGUGUUUAAAUCCUGUAUUAACGAUAGCCACGAUAUUUGGUAGUGCUUCUAAUUAUGAUGUUUCAUUAAACGAAAACUCACAUCCAUUUGUGAUGUUAAGAAAACAAAAGUUGAAAUAUCAUAAAACAAGUGAUCAUAUUGCUGUUUCAGAAUAUUUUAGUUACAUGGAAUCCAAUAAUGAUAAUUGUUUUCAGACUAUUGAAAGUACAUACUAUCAAAUGCAAAAAUUUUUUAUGCUACAUAUGGAUGAACUCAUAAACAGUGGAGUAUUUUCAGAGACAUCUAAUUCUGACUAUUUGAAUGCAUAUUCCCAAAAUAAAGAAUUAAUUCGAGCGAUUUUAUUCGCUGCUACGAAUCAUUUAAUAAAAAAAAAUCAUUAUGGAUAUAAAAGAGGAGUUUUUACAAAGAGAGCAGACAUAUUAACUACUGAGACAAACAACAUUGUCGAAAUUAAAAAUGAGAGUGUAAAUUACAAGAGAAAAACAUGGCCAAGCGAUAUAUUAAUUUACAUCAACAAGAUAGAGUUUGUUAACAGACAUACUUCUAUGAUUCUUGAUACCAGUAUGAUAUCGCCAUUAUCAGUUCUGUUAUUUAGUCAAACUGAUGUUCAGUGUCAAAAAAAUCGCGGAUGUACUAUUAAAAUUUCGGAGUAUAUUAUGGAAUGUUGUAUAUUUUAUACUUAGAUAUGAAGGUAAAGAUGAUUAUGAAGAUAAAUUACAUUUAAUUCGACCAUUUAGAAAGGUCCUAAUGGAUUUAGUUUCGGAAUUGUUGACGGAAUCGUCACGACAUAUUGACGAUAAUAUUGAAAAUGAUAUUGAAAAUGAUAUUGAAAGUGAUGUUGAAAAUGAUGUUAAAAAUUAGAAAAAUUUUAAUUAUUUAAAUUGUUUUAUAAUAUUAUAUGAUAGAAUCUUUAAUUUUCAUUUUGUUAAUAUAUAUAAAAAACCUGUACGUAUAAAUAAAUAAAUUUUGUAUAAAUAUAAAUAUAUAAUAAAUAUAUAUAAAUACAUAUGAUUGUACAAAUACAUAAUAUCGAUAUAUGUAUAUGAUGUAUUGAUGAUAUCAGUGAUUGUAUGCGAGGUCUAUUCAUGUAUGUUUGUGACCUCGUUUGUGACCUCGUCUGCCUGUAGCAAUAUUUAUUUAAGUAGAUAUGGUAGGAUGUAACAAGAAAAUGGCCAGGUGAUCCCGAAAACAUGGUGGGACAUGAAAAAGCAUUGGAUGGUCCAGUCUAUGCUAGUUAGUCAAUGAUGAUAUAUAAUUUUGAUAUUUAUUUCAGUUUUAUUUAUUUAUUACCCAGUAUAAAUUUUCAGAAGAUACUAUUGUAUUUUUUUGUAUUUGUGUUCUGUGUUAUCUUCGUUAUAUAAUUAUAUAAUUAUUCAAUAGAAUCUGAUACCUAGUUUUUUAGCAUCUUAA